AUGAAUCCAACGGAGCCCUCGAGCUUUGAAGCUGCCGCUGCCGCUGAAGCUCCAAUAUCUCCAACUUCUCCACACUCAUUCACGCUGGACAGCCUUCGUGAACAGACAAUCACACGGCCGGAACACCGACGGAGCAACUCGAGUUCGUCUACCGUCACCGUCAUCUACUCUCCACUACCAUCGCCCUGCCACCAACAAUCGAUCGCGACCGCACAAGCGCCCUCCAACUCUCAACCCCCAGAGUCUGAUCACCUCCGUCCGCCAAUUUUCACCUCCAACAAAGACCUUGCAAUCAACACGCCGUCGCAGUUGGAUUCGACUCAAGAUUUCCCAGAUCUGCAAAGGUACCAAGACAUUGAUAAGGAAAACGCCAACGUAACGGCAGCGUCAUUUCGCGGUCCGCAGCCAUCUCUAUCCAACAUCGGCGAAGCGUCCCCCGUACAAGAAUUACAAUUUUUCGGGCCAUACACAGUUCCUGUACGCCGUCGAGCUCGCGCAUAUUCAGAAAAGUUUCCCGAAUUCCCCACCAAAAGCUCAUCGCCUGUCGACUCCGUCGCCAUCACACCAGCGAACUCGCAACCGAACAUUUCGUCAAUUAUAAGCACACCUCGAGCGCAUCUACGUUCUAUAUCAAACGGCUCCGCCUUUGCAAGUACAGGCUCCCUAAGCUCUCCGCCGCCAGUUACACAAGUUCGAACUCGGGGGCGUGCUCGUUCAACUACCUUAACGUCCUGUGUUAAUCCUCUCGACGAACCAAUUACUGCUGAGGAGCAGGCGAUAUCGAAUCUAGCUCAAGCGAUCAACAGGCAAAACAGGAGAGAGGCUGCUUUUUCCAACCCCAUUCACAACAACUCAAUCACUCGAGCUGGUACCUGGAGCGGCGGUGAUCAAGCCAGACGAAGCACAUUGCAGUAUCCUUCACGCGGAACAAUUGCGUUUAAGAGUCCUCCAUUAUCACGCAGUCCAGAACCUGCAUCAUCGCGCUCUCCUGAACCGUUUCCUGUUUUAGUCGAGUUGCCAGAACGCAGCUACAAGGGCAGCCUUGAUCAGAUACAAUAA